CUGUCAACGCGAACGAGUGCGCCGCAGCCCGAAGAAAGGAAUAUCCAGGAUAUAGACACGCAUAGCCUAAAGCUAUAUAGACCCGAUAUAUCGAAGGAUACUCCAUUGUUCAGACGCGGCAAAGUCGUGGAAAAGCGUAAAAAAAUGCCAACCAUAACCGAGGACUGCAUCGAUGGCUUUCAACAAUAUUAUUCGCGUCCGCCGGAGCCGCCCAAGAAGAAAUCGUUCAAGCAGAUGAUUCACGAUCCUGAGGAUAAUUCAUAUUUUGGCAGGACUAUCGAAAGCUGGGCCAAGAUCGGCAUCUUCUAUAUAGUCUUCUACGGCGUGCUCGCCGCCCUGGUGGCCAUAUGCAUGUGGGCCUUCUUCCAAACUCUGGAUCCACGCAUACCCAAAUGGACCUUGGACAGCUCGAUCAUUGGCACGAAUCCAGGUCUGGGAUUCCGCCCACUGCCGCCCGUCGACAAUGUGGAGAGCACAUUGAUCUGGUACAAGGGCACGCAGCAUGAGAACUACAAGCAUUGGACGGAUUCCCUGGACGAGUUCCUGGCGGUGUACAAAGUGCCCGGGUUGACACCGGGCCGCGGUCAGAACAUCUACAACUGCGACUACAAUCAGCCGCCGCCGAAGGGUCAGGUGUGCGAUGUGGACAUUAAGGCCUGGUCGCCGUGCACCAAGGAGAACAACUACAGCUACCACAAGAGUUCGCCGUGCAUUUUCCUCAAGCUGAACAAGAUCUACGACUGGCUGCCAGAGUUCUACAAUAGCUCCCAGAAUCUGCCCGGCAAUAUGCCCGAGAGCCUCAAGACCUACAUAGGGCAUGUGGAGAAGACCGAGCCGCACAAGCUGAACACGAUUUGGGUGUCCUGCGAGGGCGAGAAUCCUGCCGACCAGGAGAACAUUGGCCCCGUCAACUAUUUGCCGAUACGCGGCUUCCCCGGCUAUUUCUAUCCCUAUCAGAACUCCGAGGGCUACCUGAGUCCCCUCGUCGCGGUCCACUUUCAGCGCCCCAAGCGCGGCAUUAUCAUCAAUGUGGAGUGCAAGGCCUGGGCACGCAACAUUGGCCACGAUCGCAAGGAACGCAUUGGAUCCGUGCACUACGAGCUAUUGAUUGAUUAAGCUGCACGUUAAAUGGAGCUCUUCCCAUAUAAAAAAAAAAAAACAAGUAAAAGACGCUCCUUUGUCUAAUUUAAAUCAACACCAAAA